UCGAAGAAUUGACGAAAAGUCCGUACCACGCGGUAAUCCUGUAGAAAUUAAAGAUACGGCUAAGGAACCCGCUAAAGAUGAUAGUAAAGAAUCUAAAGAUAACCCUAAAAAGGAAUCGGAUGAACCCGCAAAAGAUGCGAAAUAAUUAGAAAGCCAGAUAGGUCUUUUAUUGUAAUUUUUGUUAGGCUCUUCAAAUUUUCCAAUUUGUGCGCUUUCAUCCGCAAUAAUUACCCUUGUCCUUGAAAUACACUGAAAUUCGUGGUAAAUAAUACAUAAGUAUAUGUGCCAGUAAUUUGUAUGUGUUUUCAUGGCAAAGGUUUAAUGCCUGUUAAACGGGUAACAGUUUACCAAAAUCGUAUAUUUGAAUGUAAAUCAGAUAUUGACCAUAGUCUGUCAAGGUAAAUUAUUCUUAAUAUAGUAAGCUUUUGUUUUAAUAUCUAGCAUUCAAAUCGAUUUUUAUGUCUGUAAAAGGAAAACAAAUUAAAAAAAAACAUUGUAAAAUAGGCAGUUUCCAACUUGUUAAUUAGAACUUGUUUAUAAACUGUUUCUUUUGAGGGAGCCUACUGUACAAAGAAAACAAAUCCCCCUUUUAGAUAAAAUUGUUCUUAUAUCAUCUCAUUUCAAAGAAGACAAAUGUAGGAAAAGCUAAUACUGGUGCUCUCAAAGGCUAUUUAUUAACUCAAUUACAAUAUCCGGUAAUAGAUUUUUACACAUUCUGUCCAUAUCAAGAUCGAUUUUGGUAUAUUGUUUCCAGUAAAUGUGAUAUAGCCGCGGUCCAUUGUGUCUUCUAUGUUGUAAAUGUGCUGUCAACUUAUCAAAUAACUAUCAUAUUGCUCUCGGACAAUUAUAAAAGUCAUUAUCCAUGGCGUCAGAACACCAAAUGAAUUUCGCCAUACUACACUGCAAAAACCCCGAAUCGCACUACUUCAUAACGUAGUAAAUAGUAAAUGUAGUUAGCAUUUUAUGUUUUUUUUUUCUCUUUUGUCCGCUCUUGUCUAGCUUUUUUCUCUUCUGGACUUAGUCUGACUUCUUUAAAGUCGAACUUAAUGCAUUUUAAAGUUACUUUCAGGUUAGCACGAUCAGCUCUUAAUACAUGUAUAUGAAAAUGUUUCCACUCUUUCUUUCAGGAUUUAAAUAAAUUGAAAUUUUAUAUAAGACCUACUUUUGGCUUUUGUCAAAAACAUUGUUCUUUAAGAUAUACUUGGAUUAUAUCAAAAGAUUUUUAGCUGCUCAAAAUAAAAGAUAAAGUGUCAAAUCCUGAAUCGGAUGCCUUUUGCUUUGUACCAAAAGACAUUUAUUUUUUCUAGUAUAGUUUUACUGUAUCGGAAGAUUUUUCCUGUUUAUGUAAACAGGGAAGAAAUGUAAAGCCAAAUUUAGGUCUUAAACUCUGUUCAGAACACAUUAUGUUGUGCCAUAGGAGAAACCAUGUAGACUUUCUUAACUUUGAAAUUUUGAAUUGUUUAGAAAAAUGUAUUCUAUACAACUAUAUGUGACACAUUUAUCUCUCUGAUCCGUUUUUGUUAAAACAACUAGUUUGGUCUACAUGGAUUGUUCAUUAUACUUCGUAGCAUAUCGUAGAUUUUAAGUUAAACACAUGAUAGUCUCACAUGAAAAAAAAUGUACAAUCUUUAUGUUUUGAAAACAGAAAAAUGAAAAUGUUUCCUCAUUAAAAAAUGUCUUAAGAUUACGUCAGAAGCAUAAAAUCGGAGUAUUAUCGGACGAUUCUUACGACAUGAUCUCAAUAUGUACACACAGACUCACACAAUAUUUAGUUUAUCAAAAUAAUUUAGUGUUAAAAACAAAAGUCAGAUGUUUGUUAACAGGGUCGAUUGGAGAUCUCGUGCAAGCUUGAUAAUGUACCGAGAUGCAUUCAGACCUUCGUAUGGACGAACAGAACAGGACAAAUCAGAAAAACCUAAAGAGGAAGUCGUCUCUAAAACGGAAGCACCAGUUACGUCAUGUGAACCAGUUCUACCGGUGUCUAGUGAACCUCGAGAUGCUAGUCCUGAUACCGACGCUGCCAGUUCUAUAACAAUGUCUGAUCACGGUUCGCCUAAAGGUGAAGUUCCUACUGAGGUUGCGGGAGAUAGCGAAAAUAUAGUUACUUCUGAUACUAAACCUGAUACUAAUGACACUAAAAUUGAAUCCGAGACUGAUAAAGUUAAAUCGGUAGAAAGUAGCGAAACAGUAGAUGAUAACAAGGGACAGGAAACAGAAUCUGACACUAAUAAAACUGAUACUGAACCCCCAAUUGAUCAUGUAGUUAUUGUUAAAGAAGAAAUUAAGAAAAUUGAAAGUAAGGCCAUUGAUCAAACUGAUAGUGUUGUUAAAUCACCAGAAGAUGAUGUAAAGUCUCCCAUUAAAGAUACAUCACUUUCAGCUGCAGAUGAAAAACAAUCUGAACUUGAUGAUACUAAAGGUAAGAGUGAUGAUGCAAAGUCACCAUUAGAAAGUAAAGGUAUAACCUCUGAACCCGAAAUUGAAACAAAAGUCGAAGAUGUUGAGAGCAAACCAGUAAAAUCAGAAGCUGAAUCGAAAAGUGAAGAGCAGAUAAAUGUAAUUGAAGAACAAAUUAUCGUGUCCAAAAAGACAACAACACCUGAAUCUGCCAGUUUGAUAGAAGAUAAAGAACCCGAGGCAUUGAGUACAGGAAAAGAUGAUAUUACAGACAGCAAAGAUGCUGAAGCUGAUACAAAACCAGACAAAACACAGAAAAUUGAAGAAGAGACAAAAGACUUGAAACUUGAUGAAAAAUCUGUAUCUGACACACCUCAAGAAACUGUAGUUUCUGAAAAGCCUAAAGAUAUUUCUGAAAUUGAGAAAUCGGAUAUUGCACCAGAAGAAGAAGUAGAAAAGAAGGAAAUUUCAACUGUUAUAACCACUGAACCAACUAAAAGCGAUGAACCGGAGGUAACUGAGACUGUAGUAAAAGACACUCAAAGCGUUUCUGAGUCUAUUCCUGCAUCUGAGGACAAGAAAGACGAAAAAGAGGCAAAAGAAACAUCCGAAACAGCUGUUAAAUCACCCGCCCAAGAAGUCACUACAGAAGAGAAUGUUAAGACGUCUCCAGAAACAUCACAAGGAAAGGAACUGACCCCGACGCAAGAUGAAAAAACCAUUGAACCACUUGUUACAAGCACUGAUUCAAAGACUGACAAUGGAUCAAAACCAGUCGAGGAAAAAGUUAAAACGCCUACUGAUAUUGCUCUUAAUAUUGAAAAAACUGAAACUGUUACUGAUAAAACGGAAGAUAAACUUCUGGAAACUGUUGUUAAAUCCGAGGUAAUUGAAAAAUCAGAUAAAACCGAUGUUGCUGUUGUUGAAACAUCGCCUACUAAGGAACUUCCAGAUAAGCCCAUAACCGAAACCGAUGCUUCGGUACAGAAAGACGAUAGUGAAACAGUAACAGUGGAAAGUACAAAAAGUGAACCUGAGAAAUCGAAACAUGAAUCUGAAUCAAUAUCUGAAAAUGCCAAAACGUCACAGGAUACCCCUUUAGGCGUAGGAUCGGAGGAAAAAAGUUCCUCCGACACGGUUCCAGAAGCUCCACAGAAGUCACCCGACACAGGAGAUGCACAGCUUGUAGAGCAAAAAGAGGAGAACUUACAAGAAAAAACAGCUGGCGAACAACCAGAAAGCAAACCCCAAAGCCCUUUAGAUCACCCUGCCGAAGAACAGAGUCACACAGAAAAGGAAGUGACGAAGGAGGAAAUACAGACCAUAUUCGACACAAAAGAUGCACAGCCUGUCGAGCAACCAGUAAGUGGAGAGACUGAAGGUGAAACAAUUAGUAAACCAGCUGAACCUGAAAUUAAGGCUAGUGAAUCAAGCAAAACAGAAUCAGUUGUCAGUGAAACCGCAGAAAAGGUAGAAUCAAGUGACAUACAAACAAAAACUGAAACCGAAAUGGACGAAAGCAAAUCUCCAGAAAAAGAAACUAAGGUCGUUUCUGAAGAAGUUUCUUCUAAGCAAUCUGAAGCAGAAACUGUUAAGACAGACACUAUUAAUCAAAUAGAUAAUGCAGAAGCAGAAGCAACGGCCGAAGUGCUACCAAAACAACAAACUGAACCAACAACAUCUGAUUUGUCUGUAAGUAGUUCAAAAUCAGUAGGGCCAAAAAUUGAUUCCCCCAUAAAGUCUGAAAAAACUGAUUCAAUAUCAGCUGAAAGUGAAUUAGAAACUGUGAAAACAGAUACUGUUGAUAAUGUAGAUAAUGCAAAAGUAACAACCGAAGAAAAACCAAAACAACAAACUGAACAAGCAACAUCUGAUGUGUCAGUAGAUAAAACGGAAACUAGUUCAAAAUCCGAAGAGUCAAAAAUUGAUUCUCCCAUAAAGUCUGAACAAACUGAAUCAAAACCAAAAGAAAGUGAAUUAGAAACUGUGAAAACAGAUACUGUUGAUAAUGUAGAUGAUGCUAAUGUAACGGCCGAAGAAAAACCAAAACAACAAAUUGAACAAACAACACCUGAUGUGUCAGUAGAUAAAACGGAAACUAGUUCAAAAGUCGAAGAGUCAAAAAUUGAUUCUCCCAUAAAGUCUGAACAAACUGAAUCAAAACCAAAAGAAAGUGAAUUAGAAACUGUGAAAACAGAUACUGUUGAUAAUGUAGAUGAUGCAGAUGUAACAGCCGAAGAAAAACCAAAACAACAAACUGAACAAACAACAUCUGAUGUGUCAGUAGAUAAAACGGAAACUAGUUCAAAAUCUGACGAGUCAAAAAUUGAUUCUCCCGUAAAAUCUGAACAGUCUGAAUCAAAACCAAAAGAAAGUGAUACUGAGGCUAAACAAGAUAUAAAAUCUGAACCAGAAAAUGUGUCAGAAGAGAACAAACAGACUGAAAGUAAAUCAGAUGUGCGUGAAGAAAAUGAAAUGGCAGAUAAAAAAAUUGAAAGUGAAAUAAUUGACAGUGAACAAACCAAAGAAUCUAAACCGGAAAGCUCAAAGUUAGUGAAUGGUGAAUCAGCAGAAACAUCUGCUGAAGGUGUACCGGAAACAAAAUCCGCGAUUGAAGUUGUAGGCGGUCAGGUUGAAUCAAAGCAGACCGAUGAGCCAAAGAUCAAUGGCGUGGAAGAGGACACAGACGCUAACUCUAAGAAAGCAUCAACUGAGAAAAUAGAGAAAGCACUAUUAAAUGGAGAUGAUUCCCAAAUUAGCAUGAAAAUGAUGAGAGGAGAAGUUUCAGCCAAAACCACUUACCAGAGGACAUCCACUGGCCCCAUUGCCAUCAGCGAGGUCAGCCCCGAGGGCAAAUUCAUCAUGUUGGAGAACACAUCAUCCGGACCAAAUAGAAGGGAUUCUAAAGGGAGAAAAACUGAAGGCGUGGACGUUAACUUGGAUGGCUGGAAGUUAAGACGUACGGUUGAUGGCAAGCGUGAUUACACAUACAACUUCCGUAACUUCACACUGAAGGCUGGCAAGAAAGUAAAGAUUUUGGCACGCGGAUCGGCAUCCGAGGCUGGACUUAAUGACCUUGUGUUCAGAGAGGAGGACAACUGGGGCGUGGGUUCACAAGUAACAACAUGCUUGAUCAAUGACAAGGACGAGGAUAAAGCUAGCCAUGUCCAGAAGACAUUGUACAACUAAACACGUCCAACCAAAUUUUUGACAGUUGCCAUAGUAACUAUUCUUCAUCGUGUACAGCAUUUAUGAAAAUAAUGUAACAUACGUUACAUUUACGUUACCAAAGAAUAUAACUCAUCUAUAUUGAUAAAAACAUCCAACGUAUAAGAGAAAGUACAUGAAAACUGGAAAUUUAAAGCCAAAACUUGACGGAAAACGGAAAGGAAGACAAUGAUGUCAGUAAAAUUAAACUAAAAUUUAGGGAAGGAGAAAAAAUAGUCACUCUACAAAAAUGAGGACAUCAUGUGUUUUUACUCUACUAUACAUGUAUUAAUCAAACAAUUUAUUUAUCAAAAGGUGCACGCAUUGUAUAUACAUAUUUACUACACCGUGUGAGAUUAUCAUGCUAGUUUAUGUAUGUGAUAAAUUAACUAUUACACAAGUUUUGAUUGUGAUAAGUUAAUUAUAACACGUGGCUUGAUAACUUGGGUAUUAUAUGCUUGAUAUAGAUAUGUGAUAUUGCAAAGGUAUUUAUCAUAAAAUACACAAGUUGUAGAUGUACAGAUUAGAGUCAUUUGUUAAACGUAUUUUAGAAAGGAAAAUAGUUGAUGGGUGGAUUAUUUUCAUUCAUAAACUUUAAAUAUAAUAUUUGCUAACAGUGUAUUUAACCGGUAAUACCCACACGUUAAAACUAGAGUAGAGUAGAAGAAAAUAUUUGUUUGUUAUUUGUUAUAGUUAUGAAAAUAUGGGGUGGAAAUAUACAACAGUUUACGCAUUUAUCCAUAUGUUCAUGUUAUUCAUUGAGAGUAUGGCAACGAAACUGGACGGUAGUAGAAUAGUAAUGCACGGAUAUUACGUUACGUAAGUUUCAUACAUUUGUCCAAGUGUAACGUAAGUUAAGAAGAUAAAUAGAUUUUCACUUGGUCACACAAACACAAAGACUAUUUUAAACGCUCAGAAAGAACUCCAUUUGAGUCAAUCCCUUCACCAAACAAAACUGUAGAAAAAUAUACCAAAAGGUAUAUGAAGCAGUAUUUUAAGUAAAUAUGAAGUAGGCCCUGUGUAAAGGGAGAUAAUAUGCUAAAAGAGAAAAUGUAUUGAAAUCGGUGAUCCAUAGUACAGGUAUGAAAAUGUUAUGGAAGAGUAUCCGUGCAUUAUAAAUCUAUGCUGAUAUCCCAGUAUUUGUUAGACAUUAACACUGGUUGUGAUUGGCUUUGCACAAGAGUAUAUUUUGGACAGACAUAUGCUUUAUUUUUAUUCAUUUUCACAUACAUCUAUAUCAUUUUUUCGUAUUUUAUAGUUUAUUUAUUGUUGGCUUUGCUUAUUAAUAUUUAUGUUUAAUUUUAUUUUUUAAAAUCUCGUCGCUUCCUGUCGUCUAGCACCGUUCUAAAAAUAGCUUAUGACCUUUGACAUUGUAUAGAUAUACACGAGAUAAUUGAAAUAUACCAUAAACAUUAUCUUGAUUGUCUCUAACCGUGCACUGACCAUAAUACCAUUCCAAAAAAUGGAAAGGCUUUGGUGAUCGUAGAAAAGUAGAUUCUAUUUUAAGUAUUUACAUUCAAAACGUGUUUUAUCUAGUGAUAAUAUAUUUCAGUUAGAAGAAAUGGUAUCGAGACGAUCAAUAAAAGUGAGUUUCAUGUUUGUUUCUUUCAAGCUUUCCAUAAUCCGUGAAAAGUAAAUGCAAAAGAAAAUGCUGUCCAAACGUACGACCGACUCAAAAUUACGGUAGUUCCAAAAUUACGACUCCGAUUUCAAGAAGGCAGUAGCAGGAUUGAUUGUAUGUCUAUAAAUUAAAAAUCAAAAUUCUGUUUAAUUUCAGAUGCUCAGUGUACGGUUACAUUUCACUACCCGUAAACUAAUGUACUGUUGUCAUGGUAACGUUUAUGCUACUCAUUUAUCUCGUGCAUGUUGUAUUUCGAUCUCUUUCGCUUUCGGGGUAAACAGCAGUAUUUCAGAGAUGAUGCGAACGUCACCAUGUUAUUAUACACGUCAUCAUAUUAUAAACUUUAAAUAAUGACCAAUCAUCUUUCUAGUUUUACAUAUCACAUAUAAUAAACUCAAAUUAAGUAUAUGAAAUAUUUUAUAAUAUAAUACUCACUUCUUGCCAUAUUAUGUACAUGUUGUUUAGAUCGUGUACAUACUCUUUAGUAUUUCACUUGACAAAUUUAGGAUAUUCAAAUUACAGAUGUAUUUCAUACAUAAUUUUAAUGAUAUUCAUGUUAGAAAUUGACCACAAUAGACUUUAUUUUACCUCAAAUGCUGACAUUUUUAUAGAAGUGAAAAUAACGUUUUAAUAUUCAGAGUUUUGCCUAGUAUUGUUUUACAGUGGAUAGAGAACAGCACGUCGUUGGAACACAAAAAGACGGUUAUUUAUAUAAACAUCUAACUGUGUGAUAACAGAUUUAGAGCACGGAUUUUUCAUGUGAUAAACCAAUAGUGAUGUUGUGUAUACUUAUGCAAAAUUCGCUUACAAUUUAAACAUGCUUAAUGUACUGUUCAAACUUGUUUUAAUGUUGCUGUUGACAUUUAUAAGUGUCUAUUCGCCAACGUUGUGUAGUAGAUGUAUUGAUAUUACGUUGUUAAAUUGUAGACUUGACCAUAAAGGAUAUAUUUGGGUUGUUUUAAAAGGGUUUUCGGGUUGUUCGGCUUAUAAAGCUUGAAACGCAGAUGCCCAAAAUGAACAUUUUGAAUAUUUCCUACGUGGUGUAGAUCACGCCUCUUACUCGUAGUAGUAGUAGUUUGCACUGCGAUUUUCUACAAGCACAUCUAUCUAUCUAUUUCAAUAUAUACAAAAAAAUGUUUCUUGCAACAAAACAGGAGUAAAUUUGGCCUUUGAAAUUGAAACAGUAUACUAGUAGUAUAGAAUUUUGAGCAACAGUAUAUAUAUAUAUAUACAUAUAUAUAUAUAUGUGGAUAUCAAAACCGCCAACUGAUUUAAAAGCAAUUCAAAGACGACUUCAACAACGCAGAUUCCGAAGAAGUAAAGUAUGCUAGAAUUUCAGACACUGCUAUAUCAACAAAGGGAAAUAAACAUGUUUUUAAAAAAAAUGUCGACAUGUUUUAUUUGUAACUAUAACAGUUUGUUUUUAUAAUAACUUUGUCAAAGUGAUAGAAGUAUGUCAUUUUAACUACAAGUACUUAAGACUUUUUAUGUUUCACAUUCUAAAACGUUUUAUCUGCCUGUAUCUUUGACUGCUGUUUGCUGAUAACUUGGACUAAUUUGACACUUUCUUAUAACUUUUUUUCCCUAAUUCUUACGGUAAUAAAUGCUUUAAAUGUUA